UAUAUGAUUGGCUGAAGUCGAAAAUGAUAUUCACGCCCAUUUUAGUCUCGUCUAGAACAAGAUCUACUUGACAUUUUGAGAAACUUUCCCUUUGAAAAUAGUUCGAAACAGUGGCUUCCAAGUAGCGGAGAUAUUUGUUGUAGAACCAGUUGUCCGGGAUUUUAUGCACUUCCAUCACCCCUUGCGUCGAGAAAUGUGAUCUAGAUCUAAAUCUCCAUUUUGCUAGAUUCCUGGCUCGGUAGGAAGGUGUACCUGGAGUUUCAGUCUGUAACUUAGCUCGUUUUCCUUUUUCCAGUAAGGCUACCGCGCAGCUUUACUAGAAAUUGGUCAGAGUUGUGUGCGGUGGUCUUACAGUUUCCAAUAGCAUGUUUCCGAGACUGCGCUUUAGGAAGGCAAAAUCUCAAACAGAAGCGAAGGUGCAACGGCCUCCAAAGACUGAGGUAAACAACAUAAGAUCCAAAGCAACAACAGAGAAGGAGGAAUCGGAUGAGACGUCUUCUAAGACAAAAAAACUGUCGCCUUCAGACAAAAUGGGCCAGGCUGUGAGCACAGAAAGAAAUGUAAAGUUUACUAUGGACCUAAGUGAAGUGUCUGAUGAUAUACUGUUUCUCAUCCUAAUCCAUGUUCCUUUUUGGGAACUUAUCACAAACUGUCGGCUUGUGUGUAAGCAAUGGAAGGACGUUGUGGACAGCCAAGCACUUUGGAGGGUGAAAUAUGAACAAGUGCUAAGCAAGAAGCUCCAGACGCGCCUACCAUCCAACACUGAUUGGAAGAAUCUGUUUUACAAACUGUUUGCCAGAAACCUUAUCAAGAAUCCUUGUGGAGAUGAUGGCUUUGAACACUGGAAUGUCGAUCAUGGUGGUGAUGGUUGGGUGAUUGAACGUCAUCAUGGAGAACUGAAGGAAACUUCAUCACCUAACUGCUUUGUAACCUCAUAUGGGUGGUGUUGCAAGGCACAAUGCAUCGACUUGCUUGAAGAAGGAUUUGAAGAGCAUUUCCUUGAUGACUUUCAGCCCGACAUCCUAAUUAAUGACUGGUACGGUUCCCGUCAUGAUUGUGGAGCCAUAUACUUAAUUAAGGUUGACAUUUUAAAUUCUCAAAAGGAGACCAUAAUGACUUUUGAUAAGCAAUUUCCAGAGAUUCCACAGUGGAAUGACAGCUCCUAUCAUAAGGUCCAACAUGUUUUUCGCAACUAUGGGCCUGGAGUGCGCUAUGUUUGCUUCUCACAUAAAGGAAAAGACAAUAAGUUUUGGGCAGGGUACUAUGGAGCUCGGAUUGCCAACAGUACUGUUAAGGUUCUUCCUUAUAAGAGUUAAAAGGAAAUUGUUUAAAAGAAUCUUUAUUUUAAAAAUAUCUUUGUUUUAUGUUGUUCAUAAAAUGUAAUUAUACGUACUUAUUUUGAGUUGUCAGUUUUCAUUUUAUUUAUAUUUUUACAACAAAUAUUAAAAAUUACUUAGAGCUUUAUAGAAUUGAAUAAAGGCAGAGUAUAUGUGAAAUAAAACUGCAACUAACAUUUAUGCAAGCUAAUUAAUAAAUUGAAAAUAAACUCCA